GUCGUGUAGGUGGUGUUGGAAAAAACGUCGCACUCGAAGCGAAUUUAACAUUAUUGUUUUAUCAUCAGUUUAUUGCAUGCAAUUAGAGUUAUUUUGGUGUUGCUAUUUACCGAAGAAACGAUCGUAUUCAGAUGCCGAUGCUCACCCAUCGAUCCAGUCCCACCGACUUGGAGUGCUAUCAAGACGGCGACAACACCGAUUUAAGCGCAUCGUCGUCGCCCACCAUCCUGAAAAUCUGCCCCAACCACGAGCCGGACUCGCUCUCCGACGAUGACGACUUCUCCGACGAAUUCUCCAUCAUCGACAGCGACGACGACAAGAAAACCGAAGGCAGACACCAACACUCCCAAAUAAUCCAGCUCUCUUUGGAGGUGCCCAACACCAAGGGCGUGGUCAAGAAGAUGUUCACCAACAGCAGGGAACGGUGGCGCCAGCAGAACGUCAGCGGCGCCUUCGCCGAGCUCAGGAAACUCGUGCCCACCCAUCCGCCCGACAAGAAACUCUCCAAGAACGAAAUCCUCCGGAUGGCCAUCCGGUACAUCAGGCUGCUGACGAACGUGCUGGAGUGGCAGCGCAGCCACGCCGACGUCGUCCGCAUCUGCGUGAAGCACGAGGACCUGCUGGCGCGCGCCGGGAUCGUCCAGGGGGCGCAGGCGAUGCGGACGCGCGCCCGGCUGCGCCGAGCCAACGCCGGCCACCGCCAGCUGGCCAUCUGCGACCGGAACGGCAACAAUCUGCUGAUGAUAGCGCCCAACAACCACCUGCCGCACCGGCGGUGCCUCGGCAGGGUGAAGAUCGAAUGCAGGGAGAGAGACGACGACGACGCCAAGGAGAAUAAAAUUAGAGAGGAGAACGUUUAGUUGUUUGGUUGACAAAGGAUGAUGUUUGAUGAUCGGGUUGAAAUUGGUGCAAUUUCGGUUGGGGAUGAAUUAUUUCGUGUUUGCUUUAGUUUAUGUAUAAUGGGAGUUAGUUUUUUUUAAUUAUACUUCAUUAUUUAAGUAAGGUGAAUUUUAUUAUUAAAUGUAGUUAAUUAAGCCCUCAAAGGGGAUAGAAAAUUGAUAUAAUGUAGGGUGAAUGAUUGAAGUUUUGGGUAAAAUAUGCCUAGAAC